AUGGAGCAGUUAACACAGCAGAUGACUGCACUUAUGGAGAACCAGAAUCGGGAAAACCCUAACCCUAAUCCUGAGCAAGAGGAAUCUAGCGAGGAGUCAAAGGGAGAAAUUUAUUCUGUCGAGUAUGAUUCAUAUUCUGAAGAGGACGCAAAUAUAUUUAUCAAAGAGGGUCCGUCUGACAACGCAUUUUUUUUAGCGGGAGGCGAUUGGGAGCCCGAGUUCGACGAGGAUGAUGAGGGAGAUGACAAGGAUUAUGACGAGAACUGGAAAUUCGAUGAAUUUGAGGGGAAUGAUAUGGGUGUCUUUGCUUCUGCAAAGUAUGAUGAGGACGACAAGGAGGUUGUGCUGUCUGGGAGGCCAUCGACAAGAUGA